UUGGUGCCCGCCAGUGUUGUUCUGGCUGGGGCUGAUGGGAGUUGUACUCGAAAAUAUCUGGAGACCAGCAGCGAAGGAUGGACACAGCAGUGGUGUUCAGUUCCACUACUCCUGAUCAACCUAUGCACAAGUUAAUGUUCAAGAUCAUACUUCAAAGGGAGUGGCUCAGACAAUGACAACUCUAGAGAGCCAACUGUGAUAUCUUUGGAAAUAACUAAGCACAGAGAGGAGCAAGAUAUUUCAGAAUCAAAGGGGAGCAAAAAGGCACAAGAGAAGCCAAGCAGGGAAGUGGGGGAAGAAAUCCUCUAGGUCACAGGGUGCUAACAUAUAGGACCUCCUAAAUUCAGGAAAAAAAGGUAAAAAGGGUCCAGCGUGUGGAUAAAUAUUCAAAUACAAUUUUGUAUUAAAUAGACAUUGCAGAACCUACACAGGGAAGAACCCGGAUAAAAGCAUGGAGUGUGGAAAGAGCUUCAACAGGAGAGGAAACAUUAAUGUAUGUCAAUGAACCUACAUGGGGGAAGAAAAUGUUUAAGUGCAUGGAGUGUGGAAAAGGUUUCAGUCUGCAUCACCUACUUCACAGAAAACACCCACAAAGGGGAGAAACCAUAUAAAUGCACAGAAAGUAGACCCCUUUAUUUACAUCACAGAACCACACAGGAGAGAAGCCAUAUAAAUGCAUAGUUUGUGGGAAAGGUUUCAGCCAGCAUAUCAGCCUUACUUUACAGCACAUGAAAAAAAAAACCCACACAGGAGUGAAACUAUAUAAAUGCUUGGUGUGUGGAAAGAGCUUCCAUCAGAGCAGAGACUUCAAUGUGCAUCAAAAAAUCCACAUAGAAACCAUGUAAAUGCAUGGAAUGUGGAAAGAGCUUCAGUGACAGCGGAAGUCUAACUAAACAUCAAAGAACCCUCACAGGUACGAAGCCAUAUAAAUCAAUGGAGUGCAGAAAGGGUUUCAACUGGAGAAGAACCAUUAAUACACAUCUAAGAACUCAUACAGGUGAAAAGCCAUAUAACUGCAUGGAGUGUGGAAAGGGCUUCAGUGACAGUGGAAGCCUAAUUAAACAUCAAAGAACCUACACAGGUGAGAAGCCACAUAAAUGUAUGGAGUGUGGAAAGAGCUUCAGUGAGCGUGGAAGUCUAACUAAACAUAAAAGAACCCAUACAGGGGAGAAUCCAUUUAAAUGUCUGGAGUGUGAAAAGAGCUUCACUGUCAGUGGAAAUCUAACUCAACAUAAAAGGACCCACACAGGUGAGAAGCCCUAUCAAUGUAUGGAAUGUGGAAAGAGCUUCAGUGUCCUUGGAAAUCUAAUUCACCAUCAAAGAACACACACAGGUGAGAAGCCCUAUCAAUGUGCGGAAUGUGGAAAGAGCUUCAGAGAAAGUGGAAAACUAACUAUCCAUCACAGAAUCCAUACAGGGGAGAAGCCAUAUAAAUGCAUGGAGUGUGGAAUGUGUUUCAGUCGGAGUGAACCAUUUAAUAGCCGUCUAAGAACCCACAAAAUGUAAACAUUUGAAUGUGUGGUAUGUGGAAAGAGCUUCAGUCAGAGUGGAAAUCUUAAUAAACAUCAAACAACCCAGACAGGUGAGAAACCAUAUAAAUGCACAGACUGUCAAAAGUGCUUCAGUUAAGGCAGAACCCUUAAUACACAUCAAAGGACCUACACGGGAGAAACCAUAUAAGUGUGUGGAAUGUGGAAAGAGCUUCAGUGAGAGGAGAACUCUGACUGAACAUUAAAAAAAAGUCACACAGACAAGAAGCCAUAUAAAUGUAUGGAAUGUGGAAACAGCUUCAGUUGGAGUGGAACCCUUAAUUGACAUCAAACAAUCCAUAUAAAUGAAUAGAAAGAGCUUCAGAGAGUGGAGCCUCUGCUUUACAUCAGAGAAUCCGCAUAGGAAAAACAAUAUGAAUGCCUGAUGUCUGCUAAGACCUUCACUUGACUUUCAAGACUUAAUUCACACCAAACAAUUCACAUUGGGACAAAAUUACAUAAAUGUGUGAAAAGCUGACAGAGCUUCUUUAGAGCUCUUUAUCUUUGGGGGAACAAUAUCAAUAUAUGGAGUGUGGAAAGAACCUCUGUCAGAGUAGUGCUUAUAUAUUAAUAUUCGUGAUUGGUAUAAACAGCCUCUGGGAUCAGAGUCACCACUCCUGAAAUAUCAGUCCCUGGGGGAUAAUAGCAUUAGGUUGCUAUUGCCCUCAUGUCCUGUUUGUGGGCUUCCAGUAGACAAGGGCUAGAAAGACUGCAGACUUGCAAGCAGGGCUGGCACCAGGCAGGCCGGGACCCUUGGGCACCAGCCUGUCCUGGGCCCCAGCACCCACCCACAUGCUCCAUCUACCUUUCCCUUGAAGUGAAUGCUGGCCGCACUGUGCGCACAUGCCUCCCAUCAAUCAAGAUGGCGGCUAAGGCUUCCCUAAGGGGCUGAUGCCUCUGCCGCCAUCUUUGUUGAUGGCACACAUGCAUGCUACAUGCACACAGGCCUGCCAUCAACCAAGAUGGUUACAUGGGCAUCAGCCCCUUAGGGAAACCUUGGCCACCAUCUUGGCAGGCACGCGCCCACAGCGCAGCCAGCGUUUGCUUCAAAGGAAAGGUAGGUGGGGCAUGCUGGUGGGCAUCGCGGGCCUGCACAGUAGUAGGGGUUGCCUGGGAGCUCCCUCUCUGUGAUCCGCGGCACGGUCAGGAGCCGACGCUGCUGUGGAUCACAGAAGGGAGCACUAGCCACCAGGGACCCUUAGCCAUGGCCCGACGUGGCCACCCGCUGACACUGGCCCUGCUUGCAAGAUCUACUUUGUUAACCAGAGGACAAGCAACAUCAGCUGGGAGUACACUCCCUCUGAAUCAGCAGGGCUUCCAUGCAGUGAAUUCAGGAUUGGGAUGCCCCUCUCCCUAAUAAUACUUCACAUUUGUAUUGUGCAUUUUAUUAUUUUUUUCAAAGCACUUCACAUGCAUUAUCUAGUUGUGAUCCUUACAACAGCCCUGUAAAGCAAUAUAUGGAGUGUGGAAAAAACGUCAGUCAACAUCCAAACCCGAUUUGUUGUUAACAGACCCCACACAGAAGAGAAACCAUUUAAAUACUUGGAGAUCUUACUAGUAUCAGUGAACUAUACAGAUGUUUACCCAAUGGCUAAAGCCACUGUGAGAAACCAGGUUUGAUUUUAAGCUUAUGAUCUUCUGAAUUUUCCCUAAAUCAGAUAUUCUACACUCAUGCUUCUAGGGAAUAUUCCAGUAGAGGACAAUCUGCAGGCAAUAGUUUUGCCUUUUGGAGCAUGGCCAUAAUUAUCUGACAGGGAAGUCUAGGCUCCUAAGAUUUGCUGUCUAUGGUACCUUUCUACAAAGGACCACUCAUUCUUCCAAGGGUCUUUUCAGCAGUGCAGGGGGACUGCCCAUUCACUGCGGAAUAAUUAUUGGGGAGGAUUUGGAUGAAGGGAUAAUAAUGGGAAGGAAAGAGUUGAGUGUUAUGUUGGACCCAAGAAAUUAAAUGGGUAAAAGAGUUAUGGUUGAGAGAGAUGAGGAAGUGAGAUUUGAGUAACAACAUGUCACAAUAAUCAAUAAGAAUUAUUGUGUCAGGUGUGGGUAAUGUUUCUAAGAAAUCUAAGAAACCAAUAUCUGUAUUAGAAAUUGAGGAAAUGCUUGGCAUAACUGCAGCUGGUGGUAUAAACUGUAGGCUGCUCAGAAGUGUAAAAAGAGUUUUCCAGAAAGACGGUGCAGAAAUGACUAUUAAGGAGUUAAACUGUGUGCAGGACUGCCAAGGUCAGCUCACAGCAGAUGCGGCUGGCGAAGGGCAGUGUAAACUAUAUAAUCUUGAUAGCUGAAGCACAGAGUGUGGGGGUGUUGUUAGAAGUAAGGAGAAGCCA